UAAUAUUGGAACAUAACUCUUGAAGUAUCGAUUAAAAUAGCAAAAGGAGUCGUAUAUGAUAGCGGUGUUGGAUAAAAAAUGAAAAUAGUAAUUGUGUGUAUAUUAAUUUUAAUAGGAUUUUAAUUCUUUAAUGAGGGAGGCAAAUAUGGAUGAAGAGACUGAAAAGAAACUUAAUGAAAUUUUUCACUCAAUUAAAUUAGAGUAUGAUUAAAAUUAGGAAGCACUAAAAAAAAUUAACAAAACUAAUGAUUUAGUGGGAUAGGUAAGACAUUGCCAAUCGCUUUCUGCUCUUUUUUAUCAUGCAAAAAAUUUGGAAAACUCUCACAAGGUGUUCAAGACUAUAAAAAUCAACAAUCUCAAUAUAAAAUAAAACUCUGAUAUAGUUAUAUAUACAAAGGAAGAUGGUCAUUGUGUUGCUAAAGUGAUUGAAAUAAUUGGUGUAAUAAGAUUUUAAUAAUACACUCCUAUCAUUAAAAUUUAAUGGUAUUAUAGUAAGAACAACUUAAAAAAGAUUAUAUAAAAAUACUUAAACUGCAUAGGAGAGAAAGAACUUUUCUUAUCUGACCAUUAUGAUUUUAUAUAACCAGAUACGAUCAUAUCUUUAGCAGAAGUACUAGACUUUAAAGAUUUAGAUAUGAAGAAUAUUAUCAAUGAUUUUACUUUUUUUUGUAGGUAAUCAUUUAGAAAUAUUUAUUUAGAUCAUUUUAUAGGAAUAAAUAAAUAAUCCCGCCUAUUUAGAAAUGGUCAAAACAUUGUUUGUGUAAAUUACCUAUGAAUCCCGAUUAACAAUAUAUCUAAUGUGAUAUUUGUUAUAAAUGGUUUCAUUAGUAAUGCUUGGGAAUUAAACAGAUCUAACAUUUUGCUUAUGUCUGUGAAAAGUGUAAGAAACAAAAGUGA